AUGGCACCCUCUAAGCAGUCAAAGGGCAAGCUUCCCGAAGUCCCAAAGAUGAAGCAGGAUGCCAAAAUCAGGAAGAACAAAUCAGCGAGGAAGAAUACCUCUGUCAAGGAACACAAGAGCCCCAAGAAAGGUGUCAAGGUGGCCACUCGCCCAAAGAAUCGGGCCCUGAUUCAGUGGAGAAAAGAAGAGCCCUUGCUCGUAACCUUACUUUGGGUGCAGUACAUCUGUGCCAAAGAUCAUGGCAAGGUGCCCUGGGACGACAUCAUCCCCCAGUGCUUCGCCGGAGUCACGUCGACGGCCUUCACUCAGUUCCUAGCGCGAGAGCGAAAGAGACUACUCAGGAUGGGAUAUUGUGUCCCCCCUCUUCCCAGCCAGGCCAAGAGUUUGGAGAAGGAUGCAAAUCUUCGCGGCUAUAUCAACGAGCCGACCCCCGAGAACGAAGACGCCAUCAGAACUAUCAGCUUUCACGAGCCGUUCCUCCAGCCCUGCCAGCAAGCAGGCGAAGAAGAAUCGGAUGGUGAGGCUGAGGAUGCCGUUAUGGAGUAUCAAGAGGAUGAAGGUGACCUGGGCAGAGAUGAGGCCCCCGAAAAGGAGGGAGAGCCCUUCGCAAACCCUUUUCGCCAGGAUUCUUAUCAGAUCCUUCCUCAAUCCGGCCAUUCCCUCCACGGUAGUGAAGCUCAGCAUGAGAACUCUCAUCUCGACCAGCAAGGCCUAGAACUGCUGCUUCAACAAGACCAGCAAUUUAUCCAAGCUCAAGAUGAUGUCCAGAUGGAGGUUCAGACCAAUGCUCAGGCCGAUGCCGAGGUCCAGCAGCAGCUCUUGGACCAGGCGAAAUAUCCGGGUCAGAAUAUCCAGAUGGGGCAAGCCGGUCGGGACUGGCCGACCCAGGUUCAUCAGCUUAACGGAGACACCGAUAUGCAGCGAUAUAUGGAAGCAAUCGAAGCCUGGAAGAAUGAUGCACCUCCAAAUGAGAUACGAAUUCACGUCGAGGGUCUCGCUCCCAUGGCGUACUACCUCCUUCAGGUGCCUGAGAGCGUAAGCCAUCGCUUCCAUCCGGCGUCCAGCACUGAUACCAUGCAGCCGAUGCGGAACGAGAAUGGCUAUACGACAUUCAGCAUCCAGAUUCCGGUCAACUUGGACGUCUAUCUGAAUGGCGUCAAUAGCCAGGAAGCUGAUCCUUCAUUCGCACACAUUGGCGAACCCGCCCCGGCGAAUUUACCUCUGGGCACUUCGUCGCUCAAUGAACCGGCUAGGGAGUCUUGGAACGGUGGUCUUUGGGAGGGCGCCAAUGGUGACUUCCAUGGUGUCUGUUAUCAGCAUGAGAAUAUCACUCGCUACGCCGAAGUCAUUGACUCGAACCGCAUGGGAUGGGAGGAGCGAGUCGAGUUGAAUGACAUCAAUUCGACGGCCAUGGGCCCCAACAUGCACCAGUAG